UAUAACCUCUAAAAUAUAAUCGUGUAAAAGCUUUAUAUAGAUAGAAAAUAAUAUUUUAUAGUAUAGUUAUAAUAAACACUUAUGACAUGUUACAUGAAAUAUCACGAAAACGAAUAACCGUCAAUAAAUAUGAAGAAACUAGCUUAUCUUGGCAUAAUUCCGUGUUGGCGGUGCGUGGAUACAAAAUUUUACAUUUAAUUGAUUUUUCAUAUAACUUACAUUCUCUAGAAAAAGAAAUAGAUUUAAAGGAAAGUACGAUAUGCGCCAGUUAUGAUAGUCCAGUACCAAAUAAUUACCUAUCAAAUUAUGCUGCACAAGGAGUCAACAAUUUGGAACUUGUCGAGAUGAUAACAAACCCCGCCUUUUGGCCACAUAAUAAACUGCUAACACAGGAAAUGUCCAAUAUAAUAUCAUUUAAGUGGUCGCCUGUGAAUCUAAUAAAUAACCACGAAAGCGUACUAGCAACGGUAAACAGUGUCGGUAAUGUAGAAUUAUUUGGUCGAAAGAAGCAAUUAUGGUACAGUGUAAUGGAAUUCUCAAAAGAAAUGAUGAAACAUUUAAAUUCGAAAUUCGAACUAUUAGAUCAAUGCCCCCAAAAGUUUAAAGAAAUGGAAGAUGUUGUAUACAGCAUAGAAACAUCAACAGUAUGUUGGUCGCCAGAACUGAAUCCUGAUAAUUCUUGUUACUUAGCAACAGCUCAGAAAUCUGGCGAGAUAUUGUAUUGGUUACUCAAAUGUAAUGAUACUGUGCAGACAGAAUUCUGUGGCAGUAUAAAGAAUUCGAAUAAUGUUGAAAUUCCAUUAAUGGUUUGGAUACCAAUUGAUAAGAAUAAAUUUGUCUUAAUCAUUACAAAUGAAACUGGUCAAAUGUUUGCUAAUGAAUGUCAAAUCAUUGAAAACAAAGUGACGCUUUUGAAGGAAUACAGUUUAUGGCAACACACAGAUAAAAUGAUAGUAACAUAUUUGGAAUAUAUAUUUAUAAAUGAUAUGUUGUUGAUAUUCUUCAAUAAACACAGACAUUUAAUCGUACAAUUAUACGACAAGAGCUUUAAACUAGUCUGUCAAUGUGUGAAAAAUGUAAAUGACUACAAGAUAUCUUCUAUAAAAAAAAGUAAAGAUAUUUUCUACGUCAGCACAGUUAAUACAAAGAUAUAUAAAAUUAAUUAUUCCAUCAUGGAAGACUCGAUAGACGUUACCUUAACCUCAUUUGACAUCAAAGAUACAUACACAACAAGCGAGCUAUUCGGACUUGGAUUUUCAUAUAAUAACAAUUUAUUUGCCCUUGCAAUGAUAGAUAGAAAAUUAUUGUAUCGAAAACAAUCAUUAAAAAUUGAAAUAAUUUUUCUGUGCCCUGAAUCUGACCCAGAAGUAGAAGCAAUGACCAUUAUAAAUAAUCCAUUAAAAAAAUUAACAAAUAUGUGGGAUUAUCUUGAAAUACUACGAUGCAAAAUAAUAAAAUCAAAAAUGUUACCUCAAAUAGACUAUUAUCAAUUACUAGAAGACGGUGCAAGUGAUGUGUAUAAAUUAAAAGUAUAUUUAGUUUUUUUAAUUUUCUAUCAAAAUUUGGAAACGCUAAUGACACCACGUUUGAAAGGAAAACUUCCAGAAACUUCUGUUGAUAUUAUAAAAGAUAGAAUUCUAUUCAAUCAAGCAAUAAGUGUUAUUAGUGAUAUUUAUGAUAAAUAUACAAAGAACAAUCAUUUAACAGAUUUUGAAAGUGAAUGUUUUGAUUGUAGCAAAAGAUAUAUCAAUUAUUAUUGUGAGUUAUACUCUGAAAAACGUAGUGAUUAUGUAUCCGAUGAAAUUUGCUCGAUAUCUAAUUUGAAUUUAGAAUACACAUGUCAGGCAUGUGAUGAGAAAAUAUUAGAGUUUACAUGUAAGGACAGACAUUUGAACAUGUUCUGCCAUCUCACAUUCAGUCUUAUUGAUAGAGAUCAAUACAUGGUGUGCAAAUGUUGCGGGUCAACUGCAAGAAUAGAUUUAUAUAAGCAAAAUCCAACUUGCGUUUUCUGUGAUUUAUACUUAAAUAGUGUUUAAAUUUGCAUAAACUGUGUUACGGUCUCAUCAAACACAAGUAACUUGACAGUGUUAUUUGUUUAAGAAAAAGAGUGAUUUUUUAUAUAGAGCGGAACAUUUGGUCAAAGGCUGACAGGGUUCGAAAUUAUCAAGAUAAUAACGAACCGUGAUAAUUAUCCGAUAAUUAUCACCAUUAUUAAAAUAUCAUUUGUUAAAUUAUUUCAUAAGAAAUAUCGAUGGUUUAUUGUCUCAAAACAAACAAAAAAUAUGUUUAAUUUUUUUUAUAUAAUAUAAUACAAUACAAAUCAACAUUAAUGUCAUUAAUUAAAGGUGAAAUCUUUGUUCGUCAGAUUUGACAGAUUUGUAACGAAACUACUUGACCAAAGAAGCCAAAGGAAUAUUCAUCAGAUGAUGAUUUUAUUUCCAUUGGCAUUGUUGCUGCUAUAGCUUCAGUAGAACUAGAACUUAUUUGUUUUUCUAAAAGCCAACCUAGAUCUUGCUUCUUGGUUUUGUCUUCUUGGUUGUAAUACUUAAACAAGAAUACCAGCUUUGCAGCCUUUUCGUUGCCCAGUCGGUUUCUUAGCUUUGACUGCACAAGCCCAAAUGUUGAAAAACAUCU